AUGGAUCAAUUUUACAAGACUACUCGGUACUCACGUGCUGCGAUCCCCCUAAAAGAAAGGGAGAAGAGUAGUACGCUACUACUACUAGUGAAGCAUUUCGAAAUAGCCAUCAGCAACUGUGAUGCGCGGCUAUCAGCAGCCCGGCAAGCUCCGCAUGCGAGGUUCAGUACCCUCGCCUCGAGUCGUCUGGCUUUUCAGCACGGCUCCAUUGUAGCGGCAAGCUCCGCAUGCGAGGUUCAGUACCCUCGCCUCGAGUCAUCUGGCUUUUCAGCCCGGCUCCAUUGUAGCGGCAAGCUCCGCAUGCGAGGUUCAGUACCCUCGCCUCGAGUCGCCUGGCUUCUCAGCCCGACUCCAUUACAGCGGCAAGCUCCGUAUGUGAGGUUCAGUACCCUCGCCUCGAGUCGUAUGGCUUUUCAGUCCGGCACCAUUGUAGCGGCAAGCUCUGCAUGCGAGGUUCAGUACCCUCGCCUCGAGUCGUCUGGCUUUUCAGCCCGAUUCCAUUGUAGCUGCAAGCUUCGCAUGUGA